UUUGACCUUUGGGGUAAGCAGAAGAGAUUUUAGGAUGAUAAUGAACAUCCAUUUUCUAACCACAGCAUGACAAUGCUUGGGUACCUCUUGCUACUUGCCAAUUGUAUUUAGUUCUCCACGGCUCUAGGUAACAGCCUGUCUGUCAUUGGGCUGGACCAUCCAGAAAAAAGAAGUUUUUCUGGUAAGCAAAAAAGAAAAAGAAAACAAGAAAACAAGAGAGAAAAAGCAACUUUGGUCAGAAGAAGGAUUGGUGAUUGAUCUCCGGUGAUGACAUCAAUACACAAACCUAGGCAAUGGCACUUUGAUUUCUAGCUGUUGUCAAUGAUGGUUUUAUUGACUACAACGGUAUCUGAGGAGAAACAUCUACAGUCGCUUCUUUUGCAUCAUUUUCUCUCGUAAUGAAGAGUUCCAUGCUGACUCUUCCCUUCUGUAGUAUACUAUCAAUACAACUAUUUUACUUUUACAUUAGUUAUGGCUUCUCAAUCCAAUUCAGUUCCCAAUCCUCCCUGUGAGGCUGCAGCUGUCGCUGCUAAGUCCGAGUCCACAAAAAAGAAUGCGCCCCAAGGUCGUCCUGGCCGAUCCCCGAGGACCAACUACAGACAUAUUCAUCGCUUUCCUCUACCCUUCAGUGUGCAUCCACUUCCUCCUCUAAUACCACAUAAUCCCUUGUCUAUCGUCAGCGUGCUCCUCUCGUAUUUAACAUACUUGAUUGCUCCCCCGCAUCAUGAAGUCUACUCGGCCUAUUUCGAUUCGGAUACAUCAUCCGUUCAUGUCACCGAUGCGAAGGCAAUCCGAGCGCUGUGGGAGAUGGGCUUUUUUGGUAAAGGGAGUUUGAGUCGAAGUGAGCCUAGCUGGCUGGAUCGGGAAAAGAAGAGGAGAGGGUUGCUUGGUGGUCUUACCAGCGAAGAGGUUACACGUCAACGGAGAACUGAGCGUCGCGAGUUGAAAUUGGAGAGGGCAAGGAUGGAAAAGUUAGCUAUCGAGCAGCGACUCAAGGCUGAAGCUACGGCGAGGGAAGUCGGUGACACAUCGAUCGAUCAGUCGUCUCUGCUACCACCCGCAGAUGGUGCCACUAAUGGCAUGCUUCCUGCCGCAGAGAAGUUUUCCCUAAGGAAAGCUAAGGAGGCCAAACUUUUUGAGUCCCAGCACUCGGUAGCACAAACGGAGGAGGGAAGCAUGCCUGACGCCCUUGAUAAAUCGUCCUUGAACGGUGGUAAAGCCGUACGAUUUUCUCCAGUUGUUCAGGCGAAGGAGUUUGUUUCCGAUUCAACUGUCAUAUGUGUGCCUGAUUCGGUCGUUGACGGGCACGGGACUGGGGAUGAGCCUUCACUGGAUAACGAGGAGCACCUUCAAUUGUCCAACGAGGAGGCUUUCUUUCUGGCAUACGGACUUGGUGCUCUACAGAUUUUUGAUGGCGAGCGAAACGACGCACUUUCCUCUUCUUCCCUACUCUCUCUGUUCUGCCAACAUUCACACUUCCCUCCUCGUGGUGCCUCGAGCGACUUAGAACCAGCCGAUCCAUUUCUGAUAUCGUACGUUGUGUAUCACCACUUCCGGUCUCUUGGGUGGGUUGUGCGCUCCGGCGUGAAAUUCGGAGUGGACUACCUCCUUUACAACCGCGGACCUGUCUUCUCGCACGCUGAGUUUGCAGUUGUGGUCAUACCUUCUUUUGAACACCAUUACUGGUCCGAGACCGAGGAGCGGAAAGCGCAUUAUGCUAGUAAACAGGCGCGUAGCUGGUGGUGGCUCCAUUGCGUCAACCGUGUGCAGGCUCAGGUGAAGAAGAGUAUGGUGGUCUGCUACGUGGAAGUCCCACCACCUCUGUUCGGAGAUCCGGGGGAUAUCGGCGCUCUCCUUACUCGUUAUCAGGUACGAGAAAUGUUGAUCAGACGUUGGGUACCAAACAGGACCCGGGACUAGCGAGAAACCUUUGUUCAUCUUGAUCGUAUUCUAAGAGACCUAUCACCUAAUCUAAAGCGUUUCUAAUCACACUUGGACAGG